AUUAUUUACAUUGUGAUGUGGGUUGAGACAGCACACGACGUCUAAUCCUGUCUCUGCAUGGACACACAUGGACUCUAUCGCGCGUGGGCUUUAAUAAAAGAAAAUGGGCUCACACCUGUUACAGCUCAAUACAUCAGUAGUUUAAAUUAUAGGAACCUCUCACAAAAGCAGAGCCCUCCCUUUUCUCCUCAAACUGAAACCCGCCGCGCUCACCAGCUCUAGGACCGGCCUCCGUUAGCCUCACGUUUCGCCGUCCUUCUCGCUGCCGCUUCCUACGCAUCCAGGUUGUCCUACAAGCUCUCUCUUCUUUAUAUUUCGUAAUCUCAGAGAAGAGGGAGGGGGGAUUUAAAUGUAUGUUGUACGAGCUAGUAGUAGAUUGAAUGGUCCAUGAAACCGUACUGGAGACCGUAUCAGGAAGGUUAGCGAUGUGGUAUUUUAUGGUAAAACUGUGGUUUAAUUGUAGUUCAACCGUUAGGGAUGGCAAUUUCGACCUGACCCGUUUUACCCGACCUGUUUGACCUGUUUUGGGGCGGGUCCGACCCGCCCCGUAGGCGGGGCGGGGCGGGCAUGGGUAGUCUCAUCGACCCGACCUGCCCUGACCCGCCCCAUUCUUGUCUAAAUCACAUGUAAUUUUAGUCAAAUUACUGAGAAAUUUUCUUUUAUUGCAUCAUAUUUUACCUAUAAUAAAGUUGCAAAUUAGUAAAAAUCUCAAUUUCUCCAAUAAUUUAACUACAAUUGUCAUAAUAUUGUUUGUUUUCUUAGUCUUAUAAUAAAAAUAACGAAUAUUUCUAAUGUUUUUCAUAUAAAUUGCAUACUCAUUGGGUCGACCUGCCCCGACCCGCGACCCGUGAUCAAUUACCCGACCUGGACCCGACCUGCCACGGGGCGGGUCUGGGUACCAAGAAACCCGCCCCGGACCUGCCCCAUUGCCAUUCCUAUCAACCGUUGUACCAUUAAAUACCGCCUAAAACUUCUAAUACUGGUAUUUCGUGAUUGAACCGCUGGUACGGCACGGUUUCAUGGACCAAAGUAGAUUGACUGUGGUAGAAUAGAAGCAUGGGUUGUGCUUUUGUUAAUGGACAGCUGAAUAUGAAUUAAGCAGAUGCCUUCACUUAAUUGGAGUGUUCAUUCUGACUUUCUGUGACACGCUCUCGAUCCCCUAUCCUCCAGGUUGUUGUAUAGAGAAUCAGGGAAUUCGUGGGUUUCAUCCAUGGAUGACCUAUAUGAAUUCAUAGGGAAUAACAGGAUUGAAGAUGUGAGUUGGAUAUGUUCCCUCUCCGAGCCCGAGCUUGAUCUUCUAAUUGGCUUGAAGAAGCUGGUGAUUCUGCGGGCAAAGGCUAUUGGUCAUGUGGAAUUGGCUGAGAAAUUUGACUUGAAGAUGCUCCGAGCGAUUGGGUUCGUUGUAAUGGAACAUUUCAGACAAAAGGUCAAAGACUUGCCACCAGUACCGGGCAUGGACGAGACUAGUGCAUGCAUAGAUGGUUGCAGUUUACUAAAAUCCAAGCUUGACAAGUUGAGCAUUGAAGAGUUGAAGUCAUGUCUCGGUAUGAAGAAGGAAAAACACUAUUUUAAAAGACCACAGGAACAGGAAGGGCCAAAAGUAUGAAGACAGAGCCGGAGAUAGUCUGAUUGCAGAGACAAGAUUGAUGAUGCUAGAUGUCAUUUUUUCGGCCAACAACUUCCAGUUAUGCUUAGGAGUUUUGUCGUCCAUCAUCUGCAAUACCCCAUUUAUGGAUGGUCCUUUGAGACAACAUUCAGCUAGCUACAUUGUUAACUCCUAUGAGUGUUUUUUACGUUUGGAAAAGACUGUAGCUGCGACCAGCUAGCUAUAUAUUGUUCUCCCUAUGCUAGGACUGUGUUUGCAUUUCCUACUUGCGAGCUUCGACUUGGCUCGCUCUGUGGUUGGCUGCUUGCCCCAUGCUACCCAGUUCGCUGGAUGACUUGUGCAGGCGUAAACUAUGCAGCGCGUAUUGAGCACUAGGAAUUAAUUGUUGACAACUUA